AUGGCGACUUUAUUACGGCGAGCAGCGCGGCCGAGCGUCAUCACAGGAAUAUGUAGGAGCGGAACCAGGUCGAUUUCGAGCCAAUUCGGCUUCCCUACCGGCUAUGCGCCUCCACAGCAACAGCAUGCGCCGCGGGCAGCUGCACUCCCGAUUCCCUACGUGACCGAGACAGUUGGUGGAGGGUGGAAAACCUCCGACAUCUUCUCGCGCCUGCUGCAAGAGCGCAUCAUCUGCCUGAACGGCGAAGUCGAGGAAUCCAUGUCCGCCAUGAUCGUCGCCCAGCUACUCUUCCUUGAAGCCGACAACCCCGAAAAGCCUAUCUCGCUCUACAUCAACUCGCCCGGCGGCAGCGUGAGCGCCGGCCUUGCCAUCUACGACACCAUGAACUACAUCCGCUGCCCAGUGACUACAAUAUGCAUGGGCCAGGCCGCGUCUAUGGGGUCGCUGCUGCUGUGCGGUGGCCAGGCUGGACAGAGGUACAUACUGCCGCACGCGAGGGUCAUGAUCCACCAGCCGAGCGGAGGGUAUUCGGGCAAGGCCAGCGAUAUUGCGGAUCACGCAAAGGAGAUUCUGCGAGUGAGGGAGAGGCUGAACAAGAUCUACCAGUCGCACUUGACGAAGAAGAGGAGUCUGGAGGAGAUUGAGAAGUUCAUGGUCGGGGAUUACUUCAUGGACGCGCAAGAGGCGGUCGACUUUGGGAUUGUCGACAAGAUAUUGGAAAGACGAGAGGACGUCAGCAAGGAGUAG